UUUCAGCAUGGCUGGGAAGCCUGUGCUUCAUUACUUCAAUGGAAGGGGAAGAAUGGAGUCGGUCCGGUGGCUCCUGGCAGCAGCUGGAGUAGAGUUUGAGGAGGAACUUUUUGAAACCCGUGAAGAAUUUGAGAAGUUACUCCAAGGUGGAACCCUGAUGUAUGAACAAGUGCCCAUGGUGGAAAUCGAUGGAAUGAAUUUGGUGCAGACCAGAGCCAUCUUAAGAUACGUAGCUGCAAAGUAUGACUUGUAUGGAAGGAACCAGGAAGAACAAGCCUGGAUUGAUAUGUACGUAGAAGGCUUGAGGGACCUGAGUGACAUGAUCAUGUACUUCCCACUCUCUCUGCCGGAAGAGAAGGAGAUGAACCUGGAGUACAUCCUCCAAAGAGCCACAACAAGAUUCUUCCCGGUUUACGAGAAGGCCCUAAGAGACCACGGGCAAGAUUUCCUUGUGGGCAAUCGACUGAGCUGGGCUGAUGUACAGCUCCUUGAAGUCAUCUUAAUGGCUGAAGAAUGCCACGCCAGUGUUCUCUCGGGCUUCCCUCUGCUACAGGAUUUCAAGGUGAGAACCAGCCAAAUCCCUACAAUUAACAGAUUCCUCCAACCUGGAAGCCAGAGGAAGCCUCCAUUGGAUGAGCAAUCCAUUGGCACGGCAAAGGACAUAUUCAAGUUUGAACAAGGCAUGUUCCUUAAAAACAUGAGCACUAUAAUAGCUGAGUAUUAACAGUUACAGAGGCUAAGUUAUAGUAGUAAAUGUUAGUAAUGUUAGUAGGUUAGCAAUGUUAGAAUGUUAGUAACGAAAAUAUUAAAUGUGUAAAGAGAUAAACUACUAAAAAUGUAUUCAUAAACUAGAACAGCCAACUCCUGUUUGAAAUAAGACGUGCCACCAAGACUGGAUCCAGAAAACCCAAGGAGUCCUCUGCCUUCUGUACAGUCCUAGAAUAAACUUGUAUGUCGUAAGUGAAA